AUGCAUACCGCCACCUAUGAUAACCAGAACGGCAUUUAUAUCUAUGGUGGUGCUUUUAAUGGUAGCAUAAUAUUUAACGACUUUUUCUAUUUGGAUAUCACGACUCAACAAUAUACCAGCCUACCCAUUACUGGAAUCCCACAUUACGGUCACACCGCUUCCCUACUAAGUAAUGGGAAACUUGUCAUCAUUGGUGGCGUAGUUGAAGACCCUAACGGCGAUAUGAUAUUGAAAUCUAUGUCUAGUGUAUUUGUAUUUGAUACAAAAGCAAGUACUUGGGAAGAUGUUAAUGUUACUAAUACAUAUUUGCCAUCAACUAGAACAUCUCAUUCAGCUGUAGUUACUUCGGACGACAGAAUCAUCAUCUUUGGUGGUGAUAAUGGAAGCGAAAGAGGAAGAAUUUUUUUGAAUGCGAUCGCUAUUCUUGACACAAAUACCUGGACAUGGACUAUGCCUUCCGUUUCUGGUAUCCCUCCUUCCAGACGUUCUUACGCUUCCGCUGGUAUUUUGAAUGGAAACUAUCUGACUGUUACAUUUGGAAUAGCACAAAGUAUCUUCUUCAAUGAUGUGAAUGUAUAUGAUAUUGCUGGCAACAAAUGGAUUCAGUCUUUCAAUUCCAAUGAUAAUCACAGAUCCGGGUUAUCAGGUGGCAUAAUCGCUGGUAUAACAGUGGCCUGUUUUGUCCUUGUCGUCAUCAUCCUAUUUCUACUUUGGAAAUUUCAACGUUUUAUCAGAUGGGCUCUCUGUCGUCUUCAUCGUAAUAUUUGGAAGCCGCGUACUGGCGAACCUGUUUGGGCAGAGACUACUCGAAUCAUUUUCCAACUUAUCUUAUUCUUCAUUUUUACUGCUUUUCUUGUAUUCGUUUUUCGACAAGUUCUUAAUAGUCCGAAAAUUACUCAAACGAUUGAAGAACCUGUUGGAUCCGUCCAAGUCCCGGAUGUUCGUUUCUGUUUCGACGGAUUUCCUCUUUAUCCUUCGACCGACAUAAGAGCACCUGGUGUCACUUGUCAGACAGAUAUUGGCUACCCAUGUACUCAAUUUGUUCGUCCAUUGAAUAUGUCUGUUUUUCAGCCCUCUUUUGCUGAUAGCUUCGGCUCAGUCACUUGUUUCCUUUUUAGAUCGCCUACUGAUUUCAUUCUUACAUCUACUUUGGGUCAAAACAAUGGGUCCAGGCUAUUGUUCAACUUCUGGGGAGAUCAAGCAAUCGAGCAUGGAAGCAUACACGUAUCCAUUUAUCCAAAGACAAUGAACCCUAACACCGCACUUUAUGACAUCUUGGAUGGUCCCACCACAGUGAUGCCAAUAUAUGACGUCUCGGACUGGCUAAGAAACGAAAUAAGUGAUAUCCAAGCAACCAAUAUCUUUGAUAUACAACCCUUAAGCUACAGUUCCCUCUCUUAUAACUUGGUCGAUCAUACAUAUUUACAAGCUGUAGGUUGGAAUUAUAUGGGAUUCUCACCCAUUUCGGAUUCGAUACCUGAAGUAAUGUCUAACUUCCGCCAAGAAGCACCCAACCCAGAAUACACUUUACUUCAUAAAGAUCUUGGUUUCAUUGCCGUAUUUCCUGAGUCGUUUGUCAAUACGCUUAAGCGAGAGAUCAAGGUGUAUACUUUGGUCAAUGCGCUUGGUUUUGUAGGUGGUAUACUUGGUCUGUUAAUUACUAUUCAAACAUGGCUGUUUGGUUUCCGUCCUAGAUCUCCUUGGGGUGUGAUUCAUCGAUGGAGUAUGGGUGUUAUGAAACGCUCAUUAUUAAGUGGUCUUCGAUCCAAAUUUAAAACCACCGAAUCGGGUAUUCCUUUAGUGCAUCCUGUGCAUAAGCCGUUCAGUGCUGCGGAUUUAAACCACGAGGGCUUUGACGAACCAGAGACACAACGUAUGCAUUGUAUAGAAGAGCGUGUACAAAUGUUGGAAACGUUGUUUAAGGCCUAUUAUGUGGAUGACGAAAUUUUCAGAUCGUUGAAUGAUGCAAAUCAAGCAGAAGAACUGAAUCAUGAGCUCCCAAGACAAGAUACAGAUCAAAGUGAAUCAUCUAAUAUUCCUUUAAUUCAUACACACCACCAAUAUGUAUCUCCUCAUCAGUCCAAUACAGUUGUUCCAAAGCAUGAUUUAUAA